CUUGAGCCCUAGUUUUUUUUUUAUUUUAAAUUUCUCUGUUUUUAUUAGAUAAAAGCAAAAUACAACUCAGAAACUGAAAGGUUUAAUCAAAAAAAAAGAAAUCAACAAAAAGUAAUACCGAAAACUCCUUGGGGCAAGUCAGGUUCAACAAUGACAGAAAACGGUCACCCUAACCUGUCCGAGCGUAGCCCUCUGCUGCGAAAUGAUCAACCUGCGGUGAACGGGACGUUUAAUCACAGCCCCUCGUCGUCCGACUCGGAAUGUUCCACGCCGAUCCUCGCCGCCGACCUCGAGAGGGUCGUCAGCGCGGCCGAGGAUGCAGGUCUCCCGGGCCCGAGUAUCGGGGGAGGUGGUAGGGGCGACGCCAACGAGAACGGGAACGGGUCGGCUUCGAGAGGUGGCAGCAGACCCGGUGGUCCUCCCCCAAACAUGAAGCUCCUGAUGCCUGCCAUCAGCAUCGGCGUUUACCUUUGCGCCGUGGACCAGCUCCUGGCCGUCGCUACGUAUGCCAAGAUUGGCAGCGACCUCAAUGCCUUGAACAGCACAUCCUGGGUAGCAACUGCUUACUUUCUCACCCUCACAAGUUUCCAACCCCUCUCCGGCAAGCUCAGCGACAUCUUCGGGAGGAAAGAAUGUCUCCUCGCUUCGUACUUCAUCUUUGGCCUGGGAUGUCUUGGAUGCGGGCUUGCCCGGGAUAUGACUCAAUUGAUCAUCGCAAGAGCAGUCUCUGGCAUCGGCGGCGGUGGAAUGACCAGCGUGGUCAGCAUAUUACUCACAGAUCUGGUCCCCCUACGGGAGAGAGGAGUAUGGCAGGGCUACAUCAACAUCGUUUACGCCAUGGGAUCAGCAACCGGCGCCCCCAUAGGAGGUCUACUCGCCGACUCCGUCGGCUGGCGGUGGUCCUUCAUCGGCCAGUUCCCCAUCUGUCUCGCGGCCUUUGCCGCAGUCUACUUUAUCCUCAAGUCACCCGACAUGGGACAUGCUCACUGGAGGGAGAAGCUCGCCAAGAUUGACUUUCUCGGAGCCGCCUGCCUCAUCGCGGCCGUCUUCUCUCUCCUCCUCGCGUUGGACUACGGAAGCAACAACGGCUGGGGUCAGAUAUUCACAAUCGUAUCUCUGGCCCUCGCCCCUGUUCUCUUCAUCGUCUUUGUCCUGGUCGAGAUGAAGGUCGCAUCGCACCCAUUCGCGCCCGGUCACAUCAUUUUCGACAGAUCGUUGUUCGCUUGCUAUGCUGCCAACUUUUUCGGCGUCGGUGGCCAAAUGCCUGUGUGGUUUUACCUCCCGCUGUUGUACCAGGCUUACUAUGGCAUGACUGUUGUCGAGGCUAGUCUCUUGUUCAUCCCGGGCUCUAUCGCAGGCGUAGUUGCCUCCUUGGGUAGUGGAUACAUCAUCAAGAGGACUGGUCGGUACUACUGGCUCACGGUCGUCUCAUAUGCCACGCUGCUUCUCAGCUCCCUGCCUUUGGUGCUCAGUACCGGCAUCCUGACGGAUUCCGUUGUGGGUACAACUGUCGGCCUGGCCUUGUCAUCCUUUGGUAAUGGUGCAGGUCUGACAACUACACUCGUCGGCCUCAUCUCCAACGCCGCACCCGAGGACGCAGCCGUGGUGAUAGCGUGCUCUUACCUGUUCCGCUCCCUCGGGCUUUCGAUCGGCGUGAGCGUCAUGUCGGCCGUGAUGCAGCAAGCCCUGCGGACACAGCUGGCGGCCAAGCUCGGCGACGGCGACGAGGCCCUGCGAAUAGGAGAGCGUGUGCGUGAGAGCCUCGACUACAUCGGUCAGCUCGAGCCCCAGCUGGCAGACGUCGUUCGCAAGUCCUACAGGUUCGGCGUCGCGGCCGUCUUCAUGUCCAACGCCAUCUUUUUGGUCUUUGCCUUGGUGGCCGCCUUUUAUAUCCGCGAGAAGAGGGUCACGAAGUGAAUCGAGGGGGAGAAACAAGAAAACGGCCGAUACAAUGAAAGGAGGAUUACACAACGCUCUCCCGUCUAGCUGGACGUCCAAAAAGGGUGCUGCUGCAUGGGGGAGCUUUUGCAUCUAUUUCAAGGCAUUUCCCUGUGGGCAUCAAACAACGAAAUGUCAUCAAAAGCAGGGACCUCUCUACUUGACUCAAAGAGAAGAGUUGAUGGGACGAGUCUCGCCGCGUGACAAGAAUAGGAGAGAGAUAGAAACAAGAAGGUUGCGUCAGUCAUCAAAAGAAAACAAAGGCAGAACUAUGCUUAUCGUCAAAUAAAUGGGUCAACCUUAUGCUGCCCGUGGGAUCCAUCCCUCCUUUAGCGCCAUUGGAAAUGCCUUUUUUGGUUUCUGGUCUUCAGAAUGACAAAGGACAAGAGAAGGAAAGAGAAGCAAAAACAAAAAUAACAAACAAAAUUCCGCCUCUCGCUGGGUAAAUUGGUCGUCAUCAUAUAUGCCCGUCCGGGUUUGGGUUGUGUCUAGAAAGAAUAAAGAAGAAGAAAAAGAAAUCCCCCCUCUCCUUUUUUUAGUUUCUCCACGUCCAUCUACAAGUUGAAGCUCCUCCUAGGAAAGCUAACGCCCUCGACGGCCGGGUUGUCGACGAACCAGGAACACCUGUCGCCUGUGCCCUGGUUCACGAGGGCGCAUGGCAGGCCCGAUUCCUGGUCAAAGAUCUCCUUCAUGAUUUCCUUCUUGCCGCCGCCGGUGGCGACAAAGGCGACGCG